UAUCGACACACCGAGGUGCUGCAAAUAGAUGUAUGAAGUAUUGUACACAUUUUAUUCCGUAAUAUAAUUUGACUCAACUCAACUUUAUUGUCAUUCUUCCACAUACACAAUAUACAGAAGAGCAUGAAUGUCGUUUCUGAUGGACCAAGGUGCAAUUGACAAAACAAGUAUAUGCAGGUGUUCAUGACAACGGGAAUUUAAUCAAGAGCACAUUAAACCUAACAUAACAAGAACAAUAGAGCAACGUGACGAGCAAUAAACAUGAGCUCAAGAUGGAAACUCACAGGCCAGUAAGAUUGCAGGGCGCAGGAAGCGAACCUGUUUUACCAAAGAGCACUUGGAACUUCUAAAAAUGGCUUUCAGCGUUGAUCCCUACCCUGGUAUUAGUAUCAGAGAAAGUCUGUCUCAAGCCACAGGCCUACCCGAGUCACGUAUUCAGGUGUGGUUCCAGAACAAGAGGGCCAGAACCCUAAAGAACAGAGCCACUUGGACCUCACCACAGCUGGAUAGUACCUCUCCACUGCCCAGCCCUUUUCUACCCCCUCACUUGGCUAGUGUUGGGGUCAAUGGCCAACAAAGAGGCAUUCAAGAGACAUCAUUCGACAUUCAGAUAGCUCAAACAUCUCCACAGCACUUUACCUUUCCUCCAACUGACUUCAGCACACCUGCUAUUAAGCCACGACAAAACAGGUUGAAGGGAACCAGCUCUUGUUCCCCCUCUCUUUCCUCUGAUCUGCAGGCUGUGGCAGACAGCUGGAGCUCUGGAGGAAGCACACAGUCCUCUCCUGAGUCUAUGUGGAAUCUACCAGCACAGAGCUUUGAGAGUUCCUACAAGAAUGAGAGCCAAUUCUUCCUCUACCCACCACAUCCUUACCCUCAUGGAAGUGCCAAAGUUGGGUGUGUUAGUGGCCUGGAGUCACUUCCCAACUCUCCUGCCUCUUCUGACUCUGCAUUUUGGGACAUGGGACUGGAAAACUGCUCUCCAUCUGUGACAUACACUGACUGUGACAGCCCAUGGGACAUGCUCGCUGAGGAGCAGCCUGUGGCCCCACUUCCAGAUCUGUCCUCUCAGUAUCUGGAGGAUGUCCUUGGGGAAAUGAAGCCAGCCUGGUGGAGCUUUAGUGGUGAGAUGGAUCUACAGUAAUCUUAUAAACAUCCAUAACCUAAGGAGACAAACACUGUUUUAACAUGGGCUUUAAAUUAAGCGGUUUCUUUUGGACUGUAUUAUAUAUGAAGCAUGGUAUUGUACAAGUGCUGGUUACAGAGCAAUAUCAGAUAUCCACAUUGGACUUUUUUAAUAGACUUUUAUUUAAUAGACUUUAUUUAUUGCGAUUUUCUACAAAGGAGUAGAUUGGAAACAGUAUGGUUGCACCAGAAAGUAAUUUAGAACUUAUUUAUUCUUAUGCUCUUUUAAGGUAUUAGAGUGCAGUUGGUAUAUUUAUUUCUAUAUUAAAUUAUGCUCACACAACCUAUACUGUCACUUUGUAAAGUAAUCAAUAUUUAUUUGAAAUAAAAUGUUAAAAUUUAUUUAUGAAUUUGUGUCCUCUGAUUUGCUUACACAUUUAAUUUUAUAUAUGUAGCCUGUUUAUCAUUUUUAGAUGUUACAUAAAAUAAGAACUGAUUCAUUGAUUCUGAGGUGUUGAAUCAAAAGUCAACUCCAAAGGUUAGAGUUGAUUCCCAAGAGUAGUGGGGUCUAACAUGUCUGGACAUAUUACAUUGACAACAUACAGUGGGAUUACUACACCAUUACCAGUUUAUAGUGGGGAUUUUGAUUCAAAUUAGUCACUCUG